UCCUUGCCGGUACCAAAGUGGGACCCGCAGGAGCUCAAAAAUUUGUUUCAAAAUUCAAAAACCCAAAAUACCCUCCAAAAUCAGGGAACCUUCAACACCGGAUUCAACCAUGGCGUUGAACAAUCUACCCAAAGAAAUAGAAAAAGCUGUUGGUACUACUCGGGGCCCCGGAGAACCCGAGUCCGUGUCCGAUGAUGAAAAGGAAGAAAUAGUAGAAGUGGAAGAGAUGGAGAAGCUGGAGUCAGAAGCGAAAGAAAUGGCCAAGAGGAUUCUCGAUUACAGAGCCACUCUACCGGAUCAGCUCAAGGCUACCUUAUCUUCAAUUCUUUCUUCGCAGCGACCUGUGCUUCCCGAAAUGGAUUCUGGGUCGAAUUUUGGACCUUCCGGCAAGUGUAAUCCAGGUUUAGGAGAACGGGUUAAAGCCAGUAAAUCAGCAUUACUAGCAGAAGGGGACCAUAAGAUUGCUGAGAAAGUUGGUAUUUUGAAAGAUAAAAUUUCCAGCAAUAUGUCGGCCAUGCCUAUUGUACUGAAGAGGAUGAAAGAAUUUAUGUCUAAGAUUGAGAACCUAGAUUCUUAUGAUGGAACCAUACAUCCGCCUUUUAAAAAGAAAAAGACUAGCUGACCAAAUAUACAUUGUACAAUGGAUCCACGCAUCCAGCUGUGAUAGGAACCAAUUUACCGACCAAAUAUUUCUCACCAAAACCUGGACUUGGGAGAUUCUGUUGUUCUGUAAUUACUGAAAAGCAUCAGGUUUGAUGCGUAUUUAAUGUCAUUGAUAAUAUUCUGAAAGCAACUCUUGUAACAAUUUAACUAUUGAUUAUGAAGGAGGAAAAAGAUGUUGCGUAGAA